AAGAGGGAGGGAAUAUUACACCGGGUUCCUAGAAUGGCUCUUAGACCCAUUCCUCCGCCACUUGAAGUGUCCAGGAAGUGGGUGUCUGGCGAUCUCGUUGAGGCGUUCGACAAUCCCUACUGGAAGGAGGCGGUGGUUCAGAAGGUUUUAGGUGUGAACAGAUUUUCUGUUAAGCUGAAUGGGUGCACUGCCGAUCUCAUUUUACCCAAAUCCCAUCUGAGAGCUCGACGGCGUUGGGAAGACGGUAAAUGGUUAGUGCUUGAAAAAGUGCUGAAAAGAAAACCUGACCGUGAGGCUGCCGACAAUGCUGUGACUGCUAAGAAGAUUAAGGCAUCAUCAUCAACUCCACUGCGUCCAAAUCCUUUAUUGGCAAAUGUGGAAUUCAAAAGAGAUCUAGAUGUCCAUGGAUCAGAGCUACAUGCUCUUCAGAUGUUAGUUGGGAAGAAGAACUGAAGAUGAAAGAUCUACGACUUGCACGUCAUAUAGCAGAUGAUGAACAUAGAAUGGCACUGAGAAACUUGAGUAGUAGGAAUAGCCUUUGUUAUUAGAUAUUUAGAUGUUCUUUUGAUUUCUUUUUGUUGUCCUCUAAUGCAUUUAUAUAUGAAAAUUAUGAAAAAUACCAAAAUGUGAGAUGGAUAUUGAAUAUUAACAAGUGUUCAGAAAUUCCAUAUUGUUUUUUGGUCUCCUGUUAAUUUGUUACUGUUAAUAUCUUUUGCUUUCCUCUUUGCUUAUAUAAAAAAGUGUUAGGCAC